CAAUUCGUCAAUUGAUGAUUCGAGAAGAAGGAGUCUGCUUUCUCUUCUUUGGUGUUUGAAUGCAGGGGAAUUGGAAGUUUGUUUUUCGCAACCUUCUUUGCCAAAACUUGCACCGUGGAACAGGCUGUGAAUGGUUGAAGAUUGCGUGCGUGCCCUCUCGAUUCUCGACUCCUGUAGGGGAAAAAUGCCUUUUCCUCGUUAGGCGCGCGGGGUGAGUGCAUAGAAAAAUGCAUCUAUCUUGCGCGUUGGGAGAGCAUGUAUUUUGGUGAAUGUUUAGCGGCCUGGUGGUAGAGCAUCAUCAUAAUACACACUUCAUAUCCCACGCAUCACAAUCAUGAAGAUGGCUGGGGUACCUUUGUUGGCAUCACUGAGGAGGUUGUUACCAUGUCGUUGAGACCGCCAAGACGAUGAUGGACUUGUCCUUGUUUUGGUGCUUCACAGAUUGCUCGUGACGCCUGAUUGUGGUAUUUAUAUUUAUGCCACCCUUCUUGUUGCAAAUGGAAUGUGGAAUAUUUUCCCCGUCGUUGGUGGGUCUGUGCAUGCAUCGGCUCGGCCGCUUUUGCUUUAACUUAGUUAACUAAUAAGGGUUUGUUUGCGAGUGCUUUCCUUGCUUGGCAUGGACGCGAGAACUCGACGCGAAAACAAUACAAACAUUUACUCCAGAGCUUCCAUUGAGCCAACAACGCAGCUCCGUCUCUAGCACAUCCCUUUGUCGAAUCUCGUGGGUUUAGCCUACAAUGUUUUCUUCCUCUCCUUUUCUCUAGUCUUGCGUCAUAUGUUCCUCCGAACUAGCACGUAAUGUAUGUACGUGUACAUCUUAUUGUCUCUCUACCCGUGAUAUGAAGAAAUGGUCGGUUCGACAGAUUCGGAGGAUGCUAGUGCAUCCCUAGAUAUUGCCUACCAGCAGCAACAGGGACUGGAUUCCGAACAAGCGCAGCAACUCUCCGAGACUACCCAAGGUCAUGGCAACCCUUUGGAGGAAUUGGUUGGUAUUUCGCUACCGCCGUUGACUUUCCCAAAGACAAUCUACCAGGGCCAUGAAGCACCUAAACCAAAAUCUACUGAAAGAGAGGCGGUGGAAGCAUUGCUCAAUGAGCCAGGAAUUGAUAGGCAGACAUAUGACGAGAAUGAAUUUAUUAGCUUUCAAUUGGAUGACUUCGUGAUCUAUGCGUUGCCUGAUCACUCACCGACACCCCAUGGCAUGGUUUCGCUAGAUCAGGUUGCUACAAAGUUUGGAAAGCAGACUGUCGUAUUUUUCUUUGAUGGCGUACUGAAAGGUCCCGGGAACCAGGGGCAGUACCUGGAGAGGGUGCCGUUUCGCCUUGUGUCGAUUGGGGGGUAUGAAGCCGUCGAACAACACAGUGUGGGAAAGGAUAUGUGGAUCCAGUCGCUCUAUGGCACGUCUACAUCCAUCGGAGACCUAUGGUAUCAAUUGGGCACGCCUGCACCUGAAUACAAGGACUACUAUCAUUCCUUCUGUUGGCUUGCCGAUCUUGCAAAAUACUUCAUUGAUUACCUCCACCAUCAUGAAAAUGUCACCUUGCACCACUUUAAAAUUGAUUUUUCCUCCUGGCUAACGGAUCUGCACGGCACUGAUACGUCCUUCAUAAGGUGGAUGGCUGAAUACAGAAGUCUUGAUUUCAGACAAGCGAUUAAUUCAUACUCCAGUUUUCUUGAGAAACAAGCAUGGGAUUUGGAUCCUGCUUACUGCACUCAUCCUCUAUGGGCUGAACUUGGUGUUACGCAGGACAACCUUGUUCUUCCAAUGCAACCGCAGAAAGCAGAAGGGACCAUUGUCACGCCAUAUGUAUAUCAAUGCUUCAAAAACAUGGAGUGGGGCAAUCACCUUACUGCUGUUGAGCUUGAUCCUCAGAUCUCAGCAAGCCACCAGACCCGGCUCCGAGAGCUUGGAUUUCUUCCAAAAGUAAUGCCAGUGAAGAAAAUGAAAUCAGGGUUUACUGUUGGACUUGACUCAACUACAGCAAUUCGCCCAAAGGAUGUCAUUGCCAUCCGAAGGGAUCUUAAAACCCCUUGGAAGGGCACGGAAAACUUGUGGUAUGCUGCCGUCCAGGAUGUGCAACCCCGCAAGAACCGCCCAGCACGUUUAAGUUUAAUUUGGCUCUACCGACCUUCCGAGACUGUGUGUGCAGAUUUAACUUAUCCUCAUGCGAAUGAGAUCUUUUUUUCCGAUCAUUGCAACUGUCAAGAUGGUGUCAUAGAUACCUCGGACAUUGUCGAGAAGGUCACGGUGACAUUUUUUGCCCAGCAAGCGGAGAAAGGGGCACAGUUUUUCAUUCGACAGACAUAUUUCUCAGAGGAUGAAACUUUCACUUCUCUAAAAGAAGAACAUUUCAAAUGCCAAUGCCGAAAACCCAGGUCAAAACCAGAGUUCAAGGUUGGUGACACGGUCCUAAUUGAAAACUUCGAUGAAUUAAACCCCGAUCAAAUAAAUCUCGAGCCAGCGGAAAUCUUGGGGUUCGGCGAAUCUGGACAAGUGAAUGUACGGGUAUUUCUCCGCCGCGGACGAGAUUACAACGAUGCAGGUUGUCGCCCGAAUGAGCUCGUCUACACGAAUCGGACUCGAACUGUUCAUGUAGAUCAGAUUGAGAGACGAUGCCAGGUCCGAUGUUAUACCGAAGAGCAAAAACGGGACGGCUCUAUUCCAGCACCUUAUAACCGAGACGGAACUGGAGAUGCUUUUUACGUAACCGUGCAGGAGAUCUCCUCUGACAGGGGCUCUGAGCUUGUUUCUAUACAACAUCCGCCAGUGGGAUUUAGGGAAGGCUAUGAUUAUUCUGAGGACAGCAGCCUUCGCAAACUUCGGGCACUCAACAUAUUUAGUGGAGGAGGGAGUUUUGACAGAGGCCUUGAAGAAGGGGGAGCAAUUAAAAAUAGAUGGGCUGUGGAAUGGAGCGCUGCUCCCAUGCUCACAUAUCGUGCGAAUCAUGAAAACCCGGAAAAGGUAAAACUGUUCCUGGGCUCUGUUAAUGAUUUCCUUCUCCAAGCUUUGCAACAAAAAGCAGAAGCAGGUAAUCUAAUUGCCAAGUUAGGUGACGUGGAGGUUAUUUCAGCUGGGAGCCCUUGCCAAGGUUAUUCCAAUGUGAAUAACCGCAAAAACAAUGCAGUAUCUAUGCAAAAUUCUUCCAUGAUAGCGUCAGUUGCUUCGUAUGUCGAUUUCUACCGACCACAGUAUGCCAUAUUGGAGAAUGUGAUAGCUAUGUCAAAUCGCACGCAUAAGAGAAAUCCGCUAUGUCAGCUAUUAUGCACCUUUGUUGGUAUGGGAUACCAAGCUAGAGUUCUUAACUUGGACGCUUGGAGCUUUGGAGCUCCUCAGAGCAGGUCCAGGCUUUUCAUCGUCAUUGCAGCACCCGGACUACAACUACCCGCACAUCCUCCUCUCACCCAUUCCCACCCACCAAAAACAACACAAAAAUCCCUAGGCGAGGCCCCCAAUGGCUUGCCCUUUGGAAAAAGACAUUGGGAGAUCCCUGUUUUUGACUUCUUACCAAUUUCCCAAUCCUUAAAAGAUCUCCCUCGUAUCAGGACAGGAAUUACUCCCAUUGACUACCCUGACCAUCGACCUACACGGUUUGAGUCCGCUGUCAAUCAGCAUAUAAUCAACAGUGUACCAAAGGCUCCGAGGAUUCAAGGAUUACAUGAAGCAGUGGCUAGGGGGUUCUUUUGUCCGGAACACCGCAAUGCACGCCAACGCAACUGCCAAAGAGCAUUCAGUCGGAUACAUCCGCGUUUUUUAAUGCCGACUGUCACCACAUUCCCAUCCCCAUAUUGCAGGUUCACAGGGAGGUGGCUUCACUGGGAGGAGGAUAGGGUGAUGACGGUGAUGGAAGCUCGUAGAGCCCAAGGCUUUCCAGAUGAUGAGGUUUUGGUUGGCUCACCGGUUCAACAGUGGAAAACCGUGGGAAAUAGCGUUGCAAGACAAGUUGCUUUGGCGUUGGGUUUGGUCAUGAGAGAUGCAGUUCUUCAGAACCAACUUAACGAGAAAGCCAAGAACAACACCAUGGUCACGAAUGGCAUUCAGGUUGUUGUGGAACGGUUGAAGGAGAAAAGUAUGUGGUCAACUACCGAUCCAGCGGCAGAGCCAGGCGAAGAAGCAUCAAACUCCGAAACGGGGGCGGCACGAAAUGUUACUCUGCCCUGUGAACUUGCCGUAUUGCUACCGAAAUCCCCCAAUGAAGCCCAUUUCGGCUCUGCCCCAAAAUCCUCUCUUACAGGUCCCACGGAUGACGAUAGGCCAACCCCAUCUGCCCAUGACUCUGGGAUUCAACAAACCGCGAGUUCUUUGACUACAACCCUCACGCCCUGGAGCGCUCGAUCGACAUCCGUACCAACUAGCACUGACGAAAGCGCUCCCCCAAAUAACACCUCAGGUGGUGAUAAUAUAUCUAUUAAUUUGGACCACAGAAGAAGAUCAGUAGCCCUCUCUUCUAAUACAUUUGGGUCAGGGUCUGUGCCUGUUCCUCUGAAGAAGCGGAGACUCAACGACGAAACUCGGAGUGGCAAGAAUGAGUUUCCCUCAAGACUGUUAUAAAUGGACUGGACCUCUGCCGCGGAUGAUACGUGCCAUGUACCCUCAGGUUAUUGGGCCUGUGCUUUCGCGGGUUUAUAGGACAAAAUGAUUCCAAGAGUCGUGAGUUGUCGUAUUCACGGCAGCGGUAGCUUGGUUGAAGGAUAUGAACAUGAAAAUUUAGCUUUGCCAUACAUCCAAUAUACACGUAUAUUUUGUUAAGGUCUUAUAUCACGCCUUAAAUUGCCCUAGUUUAUUAUUCCCUCCUUGCCUCCUCCACAUAUCAGGUUACAAAAUACUUAUCACCUAGAGUCUAGAAGUAACCUGAAGGAAAAACGCAAAUAAAAGCGAGGAAUAGCAUUUUCCUUGCCUUCUCAGCUUUCCGCUCCCACCCCCUAAGCCACCUAGGCGAUCUCUCCCCUCCCCUUCAUCAUCACCUUACAUCCAUAGGCAAACCUUCCCACUCGCAGUACCUCCCACAACCCAGUCCAUGGUAGGAUGUAAUACGGCAACGGCGGGGACGGCAGUUAUUAGCCCUUCACCGCCAAGCUGAGCUAAUUGGUCACCCGCGGCGGAGUAGACGUCUACGAAACGGUUCAUAUUUCCGAUGCAAAAGCGCUGUAUGCCAUUUGAUUGUGGGGAGGCUUGCCAUUGUGGUUUGAGGCUGGACGGAAUUACUGUUAGGUUUGUGGGUAGAGCUAAUAUUUGCGCUACUUUGGAGAAUGGCAGUAUUCCCAAGUGGAGGAGAAAAAGGGCGCAUAACUUACAUUGUGACCCAUCGUCCCGUCUGACAAUUAUGUCUGAUGGUGGUGGUUGGGCUCAUGUCAUCAUCGCUCAACUUGUGACCCGGUUUCCAUGAAUGGAAACCCUUAGCUCCAAAAUCGUAAAUUUUGACCGUAUUAUCAUACGAAGUGGUAGCGACCUGACCCGCACUGUUGAACGCGGCAUGCGAAACGGACAAGUUGCUCUCAUGUUCGCCGACCGGCGUCGGGUGCUUCCUGGACAGUUGCCGAAGGUCCCAGAGACGCAUGAAGCGGUCUAAACUGGCAGUUGCAAAGAGAUGCGGCUGUGAAGGGCAGAGGGAAAAUCCACCGAUUUUCUUCUCUGACAGCUGGUAGAUAUCUGUGCUACUCCUUUUAGUAUCCUUAUCAUAACUUGGGUGCCCGUUUCCUGACAUUCGCGUGUCGUGUCGGAAGAAGAAUCCCUCAAGUGUGGUAAAGUAUAGGACGUGCGGGUCGUCUGGUGCCAUGUCCACGCUGGAGACUGCCUCUUCGUCUGACUUUGAGGCGGGUGCGUAGGCUUCCGUUGAGAUGGACUUCUCAAGAUCCAAGGCUCGAACGGAGCCAUCAUAGCUGGCUGUGUAGAGUUUGGAUGGCGUUGAAGGGUGAAGAUGCAUCGAGCUAAUUGUUCUGGCAUGUGGCUUUAUGGUUGUUAUUAUAGGGUCAGGGUCAUCGUCGUCCUCGUCUUCGUCGUCUUCAACUUUCACGGCAACAGGGAGUGUUUGUGAAGCGUCAAAGAUACCCAAGUUGCCGAGCUUGUCGCCGGCAAAUAUUAGGGGCUUAGCCUCAGUGG